GAAGUAACAUCUUUGCUCUCACUUUAUGGUGGACAGUUCAGCGGUGAGCAGGAAAUCCGUGUAAAUUCUCCGUUUUGGAUUCUCAAUAUUCCUUCAGAAGACAUGGCAAGGGGCCUAAUGAAACGGACAGUAUGUGCAAAGUCUAUAUUUGAACUGUGGGGUCAUGGAAGAUCUGCGGGGGAGCUCUACGCAUCUUUGAAGGACUAUCCAAUGGAGAAGAUGCUUCCAUAUCUACAGUCAGACUCUACUUACAAAGUACAUAUUCAUACAUUUAAUAAAACGCUGACCCAAGCACAGAAAAUAAAAAAGAUAGAUGCUCUUGAAUUUCUGCCAUUCAAAGGAAAAGUAAAUUUAAAGAAACCAGAACACACCUUCUGGAUUUUGGAAGAUUAUGGAAUGGACCCAAAUAAUGUUCCAGAAGAGCCCUUUCAUCUGUAUUUUGGUAGAUGGAUUGCAGAUGGCCAAAGAGAACUUAUAGAGUCCUACAGUGUAAAAAAGAGACACUUUAUUGGAAAUACGAGCAUGGAUGCCUGCUUGUCUUUCAUUAUGGCAAACCAUGGGAGAGUAAAACCCAAUGAUGUUGUAUAUGAUCCGUUUGUUGGAACAGGUGGCCUUCUAAUCUCCUCAGCACACUUUGGAGCAUAUGUGUGUGGUACUGAUAUAGAUUACAACACAAUCCAUGGAUUAGGCAAGGCAAGCAGAAAGAACCAGAAAUGGAGAGGGCCAGAUGAAAACAUCAGAGCUAAUCUCCGACAGUAUGGUUUAGAGAAGUAUUACCUUGAUGCGCUAGUUUCUGAUUCUUCAAGACUGAUUUGGCGAAAAGGGAUGCUGUUUGAUGCAAUCAUUACAGAUCCACCCUAUGGUAUCAGAGAAGCUACUCGCAGAACGGGUUCGCAAAAGGAAACAGUUAAGUCAGCCGAAAGAAGCACAGAAAAUCACAUCUUCGUUUCAUCCAGUUAUCAUCUAAGUGACAUCUUUUUUGACCUGUUGAAGUUCGCAGCAGAAUAUCUGGUGAUGGGAGGAAGAUUAGUUUACUGGCUGCCGAUAUACAGGCCUGAAUAUACAGAAGAGAUCAUUCCCCGCCACCCGUGCCUGAAACUUGUUAGUAACUGUGAGCAGAUGCUUUCCAGCCACACGUCAAGGCGCCUGAUAACCAUGGAAAAGGUGAAAGAAUUCAAGGAUCAAGAUCAGAAUUCUUACUUGUUGGAUGGUCAAUGUAUGCCAUACAGGGGACACAAUUCUUUCCGUGAGAAGUAUUUCAGUGGUGUGACAAAGAGGAUUGCCAAGGAAGAAAAGGAGAAUCAGAAGUAAAAUAAAAUAUAAACAGAUUUAAAAAUGAGGAAAGAAUGAAGAUCGUGUUUCUCUGUAAGGACAUCUGGAUAUGAACAUUCAUUUGGAUGCUUCAGGAAAAUAAAUACUGCUUUUAAUUUUAAAACAAGAUGAAACCCACAACACAGGUUGAGAGCAGUUCUUUUUAAUUAGCUUUGUUUAUAGCAGAUUUUAUUGUACAAGUUUUUUGAGUCUAAUUUAUAUUUGUACUUUCAAGUACUAAUGAUGAUUGACUAAAACCAUUAUUAUUGCUCUUUCACCAUUAACAUUUACAAAAAAGUAGUAGUAUUAUUUGGCUUCUUAAACUGUGAACAUCUGGCUGUUUUAGAAACACGUGGUGGUGAUCAAGCGUUGCUUAUUAAGAAGAUCAUUUUAAUUUGUUUUUUCUUUUUGUAAAUGGUGUACAAUAAAACAAAAGAUUGUUGUGA